AUGGAAGGCAACGCAGUCCUGUUUCGUGUGCCAUGUCCUAAUGCUCGGCGCAGGAUCCUCUCUCAGAGCUUAUGGCAAAUAGAUGGCCAGACAAUGUUCGUUGCAAAAUGGUCUCCCGGAAUCCAGCAAAGUAAACCGGAGCUCGACAUGGUUCCUGUUUGGUUGGAAUUCACUGGUGUCCCACUGCAAUUCUUUAACAAAGACGCUCUUAAGGAGAUUGCAGGACUUGCUGGGCACCCGGUAUGCUUGCAUCCUUCUACAGAGAACCUUACUAACAUCGAAGUCGCUCGGGUCUACACAGUUAUUGACCCUCGCAAGCCUAUUCCAAAGUUUGUGAAUGCUCGCUUUGAAAAUGGUGAUACACGGAGAAUUGGGGUCUCAAGUCCCUGGCUCCCAUCUCUGUGUUCCUACUGCAAUAAGUAUGGUCACACAAUCACGAAAUGCAAGGCUGCCCCUCCGACAUGUACGAUCUGUAACUCUGUGAGGCACGUCACUGCGGAUUGUCCAAGAUCAAACCAUAUUUUUAAGGAGACAGCAAAGCGCAAAGGAAAGGCACCUAUCAAUAGUCUUCUCCCUAUUGUAGGCAAACAGAAAAUGGUUUACAAGCAAGUAGGAGUAAAAAUCCCGGAACCACCGGUACUGGCUUCAACCUCAACACCAGAUGUUCCUCGGGAGGUCCCCCCAGAUGUUCCUCCUCCACCGGAAGAUUUUCCUCCUCUGUUAAAUGCAGUACCUGCUACCCUAGAGUCUACUUCCUCUCCAAAGACUGGUUGUACGACUACAGUUGAACAUGAUCUGAGUAAAGGAAGCCUCUUUGUUGAUCUAACAGAUGAGAGCAAAUUGCAAGAGCAGUCUAGCACUGGCUCUUCUUCAGACUCUACGUUCUCUGCUGAUGAGGACAACCCGGAUGAAGAAGACGAGUUCCUCGAGGUGUACACCAAGAGGUAUCAGAAGCGGUUAAACACCAAGGCUAGGGCUAGAGGCCCUUCACUCCUCUAA